GCCACGAACUCGGGCUACAGCAAUACAGCUACAGUCCUAUCACGAGUUCCACUACUGACCUAGGAUGGACACUACCGACCUUGACACGGAACAGAUGUCGAGUUCAUCUCUCGCGCUGCUCUCUCCCAAUGACGUCGACUCGCUCUACGAGCCGCCUUCCAACGACGACAACGACCCGAAAACGAUCCUUUUCUGCAUCCUCGCGGCGCUCACAGUCGCCGUCAUCACUGUGACCGUUACCCUGUAUUUUAGUGGUAAGGAUGCUGACAAAUCGGUCAUAGUGGCCUGGCAACACACGACUGCCAGCUCGAUGCAUGCCGUGCACAACUUGACGGAUGCUGGACACGACUGGACUCAUAGCGGCCCCACCGAUACCGAACGUACUGAAUCGACGACAAUGCCUGUGAACUUGACGGUGCCGCACUACCGUCUACCACGGGACGUCAGGCCUACCCACUACAACCUCACCAUCUCCGUUCACAAAGAUAUCGACGUCGGGAAUUUCACCGGCAAAGUAGACAUCUAUCUGGUCUGCCAGGCAGCAACGGUCUCCAUCAGUGUCCACUCCGGCGCUGGCAUGCAGCUGAGAGCAAACUUCAGCGACGGCAUCAAUGUCCUCGGCUACACGACGAACGGGGACGUCGUAACGAUGACGCUAGACAAAACACUGGAGCGUGGCACGGAGUAUGUGCUGAGUAUAGAGUACGAGAACCUGUUUGCUCUUCCUGGAGAAGAAGGGUUCUUCACAGACCAUGAACCGAGCAUUUCCCGGGUUACAUACGUGACAUUUUUCGAACCCACUGGCGCACGGCGUGCUUUUCCUUGCUUCGACGAGCCUGAUAUCAAGGCGACAUUCUGUGUCAGCGUGCUGCAUUCGCAGACCUUGCACGCCAUCAGCAACAUGCCUAUAAUAGGCUCUCGUCCAAGUGGCGACGGCAUGAUAUUGACCAGUUUCCAGAAGACGCCAGUGAUGUCUACCUACCUUGUAGCGUGGGCGGUUACCAACUUCAAGCACAUGACAAAAGGCAGGGUGUCUGUGUGGGCCGAGAUGCACACGGAAGAUCACAGAAUGAGUGAAGCCUUGGAGCUCGGCUUGAAGUCGCUCAAAUACUGCGAGGAUUUCUUUGGAAUCCCAUACGACCUCCCACACUUAAGCAUGGUUGGAAUUUCCGCCUUUUCGUUAGGUGGUAUGGAAAACUGGGGCAUGAUCGUAUAUAAGGAUACCUUGCUGUUGGGGGACGUGGACACAGAGCAGGGGCCUAACUCAGUGGUCAUUUUGCACGAAACAUUUCAUCAGUGGUCGGGAAACCGCAUGACCAAUACCUGGUGGAACGAUAUAUGGGUACAGGAGGGGCCCGUUUACUACCUCAGCCAGAUGGGCGCAGGGGAGCUGGAACCCGACAAAGGCCACGUAACGGAUUUUUUGCACGGGAGCUUCUCCUUCUAUGACUUCGGCUUUAGUAGGCCACCACUAUUUCCUACGACGAGCUCCAAGAUAGAUGCUGUCAACGCAGAUCUAUUCAUGGCUGUGCUGUUCUCAGUAUAUAGUAGGUCACACUACUUGAUUCGCACAAUACAUCUUCUGUUGGGGGACGUCGACUUCAAAGCCGCUCUUUCGGCCACCGUGAUCAAGUACGACAGAAGAAACCUGGACGGCUACGAAUUUCUCCGGUCAAUGACCGAGUUUCAAACGAUUGAACCGAAAGUGGACAUCUACGCCCACAUGCUUUCCUGGUUUGAAAGCGACAGCAUUCCCGAACUGCAUUUCUACAGGAACUACAACAACCGUACCGUCACGGCCAUACAACAUCCACUCAACAUUGCAAGGGACCUGUACCACAUUCCCAUCAUCUAUAGCGACAAUAAGCGGGGCCAGGACUUGAUGCAUCCAAUACGUGCCAACGUUAGUCACUGGAUGGCAGUGGAGCAAGAAUAUUACACCGACCCCUAUGACCACCAGACUGCCUUGAUCCUAAAUCCCGGCAUGACUGGUUAUUACCUCGUCAACUACGACGAGCGCAACUGGGCGCUCAUUGGUCAGUUCGUCGCCAAUAACCCGAACGUGAUGGAUGCGGCCUUGGUAAAACAGCUUUUCAUCAGCAGUGGCUAUUUUUACAACAAUAAGCAGAUAAGCAUUGCAAGUCAUCUCUGGAUUUGGGACUGCUUGAAGAACGUGGCUGAUCCUUCCUACUGGAUCCUGCUUUACGACAAGAUGUCGUCCCGAGAUAAAUAUUUGGUUGGACUGGUCAAUGACGACAGAUACAGGUUGCGCCUUCUAGAAAUCGCUGAGAAAGUAGCCACAACAGUGUCGUACACGUCGUCACACUUUGCGUACCAACAACAGGCGGUUUUCAAUGGGCACAUGAAGGUAAUGCUCUGUGCCUUGGACCACAGAGAUUGUGUCAGGAUUGUGCUCGACGCGUGGCAGAAGAAAAUGCAACACAUAAAUAGCUUCAAUGAUUUGACACAGUCUUUAGACGUCCUUGACGGUGAGCCAGAGGCGGUGUUGUGCAUCAUCGUAAGGCACAGCGGCCUUCCGACUCUGAAUAAGAUCAAGUCUUGGUUGAACGCUGUUGCCGGUGUAACAAAGGCACGUUGGGAAGAGGUCUUAUUUGAAGCCAUGGCGUGUUCUAACGAUGACACUAUACUAACAGAGGCCAUAAAUUUCGCCAGGGCGACGUGGCAAUCGCGGCCUUCGGUUGAAAGGUGGUCGUACAAGGUUCGCAGGCUCCUGCUUGAUUACUUCUUGCAGCUGAACACGACUGACAGCACCGAGCGCUCGUUUGCCAAACUGAUUGCUGCGGUUGUCACGGAGUUUGUCGAAGCUGACGCGGAUAUCAAGAAGCUCGAGCAACAAAUAGACGAGCUCUACGGUCCUACCAGCAGGGAUGGUGAGUCCAUCAAGAAUCAUGCCCAUAAAAAGCUGCAGGAGAAACAGAGGGACAUCCCGCACUUCAAGCGAUGGUUGGAUCGUCAGCUGCCUCCCGUCCCCUGACACUCGGCCGCCGUCAAAAAGUACCAAUAAAUAUGAGCGCUAUAAAAUUUUUCCAGA